GCCUUGGUAUUGUUCUAUGGUAUGUACCAAUAAAAUAAUUCAUGACUGCGGUUGAUAAUAAUCUUAGACCGUGGUAUAAACAAUAUAAUAAAAAUGAUCAGUGAUAAACCGACAUUUCUUAUCUCGAUUGAAAUAUAUUUUUUAAAAUACCCGUCGUUUUAAUUCCAAGUUGAAAACUUUAAUUUUUUUAAAUUAACUUAAGGUAUUAAUUGCUGAACGAUACGGGUGACAAAUUACAAUAGUUAAUUUCGUUCAUUAACUAGUUCAUUGUGCUAUACUAGUGGUACUACUAUAAUACCUACUGACGAUUUAAAAUUGUUAGAACUCUUCGUGAUGAUAAAAAGUUGCAACUAGUUAACUGACAAUUGUGAUUUGUAUACCUACGUUUGUAUAAUAAUAUUAAAUUAAACUAUCACUAUCCUCUGAUUGAUGGUCUUUAAAAAACUAUUUCUAUAAUGCCGAAUUUGCCUCCAUUUUUUAAUGGAAAGAUUAGCGGCAUUUUAAUAUUGUCUGUAUCAGAUAUAUCAUGGUAUAGCAGUUAUGUAAAAAGUACCUAUGUACAAUUUGAAUGGACUGGAUGUCAAGAAAAACAAAAACUUUUAACAUCUAAAUAUUCUAAGAUUACUUAUGAUAUUCGAACAAGCUACAAAUCAUUUUUACACUAUCUAUCAACAUGCACACUAAGAUGUUCAGUUAAAAAUUAUGAAAAUAAAACAUUAGCUCAUGCGACUAUGAUAAACAUAUUAAUAGAUCAAGAUAACCAGCUGAUUAAAACAUUACCACUUAUGAAUAAUGAGAAAAUAGUCGGCACUCUGAAAUUAUGUUUUAAUGUACAAACAUUCAAUGACACAUCAUUUGACAAUGAUAUAAAAAUGUUAAAACAAUUUGGAAUUCAAGAUGAAGUUUUAAAAACUUCAAAUGACACGGAUUUUUAUUACUCUGAAAUAUUGAAACAUAGUAAAAAUGUCAAAGUAAGACCCAUUAGUUCUUUGUCAUUAAAGUCUAAUAAAAGCAAAGAAGAACUAACUAGUGAUUAUUUAAUGGGUAAAAAUAUGGCUCCCGAAGAAGAAGAAGAGGCACUUAAUACAUUAAGAAUAAUGCCAAAUAACUCUACUGAAAGUUUAGUUAGUGCAGCCGAAAAAGUUGGUAUUUAUUCACCUCCACAAUCGCCAUUACUCAUUCAAGGCUCUACAAAGGUUAUGGCAGUUAAAAAACAUGAUAUAAAAUGUAUGAAAACAAUACAAGCAAAUUUGAAAAAAUCUUGUGAAGAGUUCAAUAAAAAUGAAUUUAAAACAGACUUCUCUAAAAAAAUACAUAAAGUGCCUGUGCCAAAAGAUGAUGUAUAUUUACAUUUAUCAAUCCUUUCAAUUAAUGUGUAUCGCACAGUUAAGUCACUUCAAAACUGUAAGUGUUUGUUAUUAUUACAAUUGUACAAUCUUUAAGAGUAUAUAAAACAUGUUAUGACCAAUUAAGGGAACACUCAAUUUCUCAGACUGAUUGCGAUAGAUUGAAUUUUAUCUUUUUAAAAUGCCAGGAUGUUCGAGUUCACAUUUAUUAGAACCAUUAAUCUUUCCUGUAUGUACAUUGGGUAGUAUAAAAUAUAUUCAUUUUAAGCAAAAAUCCCGAUUUUUAAUAUUUUUUAGUACCAUAGGUAAUUGGUAGGCUGAAUGAAUGUGAGCUUUUUUUAAAAAUUUAAUCAUAAAUAAUUAUUUUUUUUAGGUGUUUUGAAAUCUUGAAAGUCAAAUAAGUUUGAAUUACCAUCAUUAUCAUUAUUUAGUAAUGAUUAUCUUAAUAAAAUGUUUGAUACUAUUCAGUAUUGGGUAAAACAUUUAAAAAAAAAAAUGUUUAAAUAUUUUUAGAAGUGUAUAUUACCUACCCCUAGCUAGUCAAAAAGUUUUUAUGCAAUCUAAUUUGACUGAGAAAUGCAUUUUUUCCCAAAUGAAGAAA